CACACUCACUUCCUCAUCCUUUUGCAAAGAUCACCCUCCCACUGCCACUCUCAGCAUCCGUUUGUUAUUACGCAUAGGUGCACAGCUACUGCGUCCGUGAAUUUUAGCAAUUCCCACCCUCAUCAUCGCCCGCACAUUCUUAGGCAUCGGCGUCCUCUUACCAUAGCAUGAACAGGCGCUUGGUACUCCUGGUGCUGGUCUCCUUCUUCCUACAGCCAGCUGCAGCCGUAGACCCUGCCAUGGAUCUCUCAUUUUCUGUCCCUCCCAUGGAGCAAUUCUACACUGAGCUCGAUGGCACCCUGCGCUGCAUUGAGUGUGCACUCCUCUACUGGGAGUGCAUGUGCACUUUGUCUUCAUCGUCGUCUUCCUAUCUUCCUGCGUUAUCGAAUGAAUCUUCGUUCUACGACCCUCCUCUCUACCCCGAUAACGACUCUACCAUGGAUCUUAGUGGGGUGCUAGACUAUGUGAACGGCUCGGCCCCGCUUCUCAUUGAUGAUGCUGUUGAAAGCAUCAACAUGAAUGCUACAAUGGUCCAGUCAGAUACUGUCGGGGCUCACGUUGACGACACAUACGUCCCUGGCUAUCGUCAAACAACGUCAUCGCCAACGCUAUCACCUGGUGUAUCGCCUGGUACAUCACCUGGGCACAGACGAUAUGCACCUCGUAAGGACGGGUUUGCCUGUGCAGUGGAAGGCUGUAACAAGAUGUUCAAUCGCAAUUGCGAGUUGAAUCGCCAUCUAAAGAUACACUUGGGGCGUAAUGAGAGGCCUCAUCGAUGUACGGUCUGCAGCGAGGGGUUUCUUUACCCCAAAGACCUCAUUCGUCAUCAGCGAAAGCAUGUGAAGCAAGCCUCUGCCAAGGUAACCUAUUACUGUUACGUCGAUGGGUGCUCCAACAUUGAAGGCUUCUCCCGCCGCGACAAUCUCCUUCGUCAUCAACGUCGACAACACGAGGGCGUUGCGUCGCCACUGGCAUAGUUUCACCGAUGCACGAUAGCUACCUCGCAACUGCACC